CAAAAAAAAACCACCAAAAAAAGACCAAAAAAAAAAAACCAUCCGGAACUACCUUGUCGUUUUCAGCUGCAGUCACGCACUUACCGACGUCGCAACAGGUAACCGACAGAAAGCGUACAAACCACCGACCGCCAUUUUGGCAACAAACGUCUUUUGUUUGCAAAUAAACACUUCCGAGCUCGUUCCGAUUUGUGUGAAUUCAGCUUCGAUUAUCUGUCCUUAGACUUGAUUGCCUGUGCACACCUGCGUCAGACAAAAGGAAGGGAAAAAUUGACGCGAUAUUGACGACAACCGUAAACCCGACAAUAUAUCGGGUCGGCGUUCAUUAGGGUUUCAAGGGUCGGAAAGUACAGGAGGAAAGGGCCCCUACUCCGACUCUCUCGGCGAAGAUUGUCGCGAGUGGAGGGUACGGUACACAACCCAUAUUUGUAAACAUCAAUGUCUUGGUCCGGGCCCUUUGAGGAGGAGGCAAUGGACCGUCUCUCAAACCUUGAUGUUCUACUCAACAUACUGAUGAAAACACCCUCAUCCAUAAUAAGAUCUCAUCGCCCUCCAUAUCACAACUAUUACCCUCAGCAAGCGCCGUCUUCUUAUUCAAAUUCGGGCUCGGAGACAUUCGAGGGCUACUCGGACGAAGACUUGGAUCCAUCCGAGUCGGCCUCGCAGAUCAGUGCCCCCGACUAUUACGGCCACGGUGGAGGCGGUCCUCGCCUGCAGAUUCGUCAACAGGGGCACCCAGAGAGGCCCGCGAGGGUUCCUUCAGUGCCACCAUCAGGUGCGAUGCAGCACUCACACAGCGACGAGUCCGAGGAUGCAUGGCGCCCCGAUAGGGGGGACUAUGGAGGGUACGGUAGUACUUACCGGGCUCCCCCUCAAAACCCUGGCUACUAUGGGCGCCCCUCGGGAGGCCCUGGCUACCCUCAAAGUCACGCCGGGGGUGGUGGAGGAGGAGGAUACCAAGGAGGGUACGGCGCCGGACCAAUGACGCACUACAACUACAACAACGGCUUCCACGGAUCCCAUCCGUUCGCCCCGCAGGGUUACGGUGCCGGGAGCCCAUACCAGGAGGUAGUCCCAUUCUCCUACCAAGGUGGCUACGGCGGACACGCCGCAUAUCCUCCCCCCGGGGCCAUGUAUCCAUACGGGGCGCACCCACCGCCUCCGACCGAGGUGGCCGUGGCCAAAAAGCCGCAGACUCCCGCGCCUAAUCCAGAUGUGGAGGCUCUGCAGAAGCAAAUCGAGCAGCUCAAGGCCAACAACCAGAAGGAGCUGUCGGCUGCCGAGGAGGCCAAAAAGACCGAGCUCGAGAUCCAAAGGCGCAUGCAGGAAAUGCUUGAACAACAAGAAAAGUCCCGGAUCGCGAUCGAGAAGGCGAGACAAGAGGCCGAAAGGGCCGCCUUUGAGAAGCUAGAGGCGGAGAGGAAACGGGAAGAAGAACGCAGGCGGGAGCACGAGGAGAACAUGAAACGGAUCGAGAGGGAGGCUCGGGAAAAGAUCGAGCGGGAAAGGAGAGAGGACGAAGAGAGACGAGAAGCCCACGCCAGAGCACUCAAACAAGCCGAACUGGAAGCCCGAGCAAAGAUAGAAGCGGACCUGAGAGCGGCAGCAGAGAGGAAAGCAGAGGAGGACAGGAAGGCCGCCGAGGCCGCGGCUGCCCUCAAGGCCAAGAUCGAGGCUGCUGAGCUGGAGGCGCGAGCCAAAAUAGAAGCGGACCUGAGAGCAGCGGCCGAAAAGAAAGCAGAAGAUGAAAGGAAGGCCGCCGAGGCUGCGGCUGCCCUCAAGGCCAAAAUAGAAGCGGACAUGAGGGCAGCGGCUGAGAAGAAGGCAGAAGAUGACAGGAAGGCCGCCGAGGCCGAGGCACUCUUCAAGGCCAAGCUCGAAGCUGCCGAGGCGGCCGCCAAGGCCAAGUUCGAGGCCGAACUCAAAAAGGCUGCAGAGGAAAAGGCAGAGGCGGAGAAGAAGGCGGCUGCGGAUGCCGAAUGGCGCAAGAAGCUCGAGGAGGAAGCCAAACUGCAGGCCGAGAUCGACGCGAGAAAGAAGCUUGAGGCUGAGAAAGAGGCCGCCGAAAAAGCGGCAAAGGAUGCAGAGGAGAAGAAGAAGAUGGAAGAUGCGCUCAAAAAGAAAUACCAAGAAGAGGGCAAGCUCAAGGCCGAGGCCGAAGAGAAGAAGAAAGAGAAGCCCCCGAUCAAGUUCAAGGAUGCUGUUGGGCGCAAGUUCAGUUUCCCAUUCCAUCUGUGCCAAACAUGGCAGGGAAUGGAAGAGCUCAUCAAGCAAGCCUUCCUCCACGUUGAGGUCAUCGGCCCGCACGUUCAGCAAGGCCACUACGAUCUCAUCGGCCCAGACGGCGAGAUUAUCCUCCCGACGGUCUGGGAGAAGGUCAUCCAGCCAGACUCGGCCAUCACCAUGCACAUGUGGCCGAUGGACCGUCGCCCACAGCCGCCGCCGGGCCAUCCGAUGGCCAGGCCUGGGGGCUUAGCAAGCGGCGUGCCGCCGCCAGGCUUCAGACCUGGAGUAGCCAGACCACCAGGCAUGGGGGUACCGCCACCACCCCCAAUGCCCUCUGGCAUCAGGCCUGGAGGCCCACAAAGGCCGGGGGUCUCGACGGCUGCGGAGGCAAGAGAGUCAAAGAAAAAGUCUUCCUCCAAGUCGAAGGCCCCAGGAGGCAUUCUGGGUGGGUUUUUCGGGCCACCGAAACCAGUCAAGAAGAAGAAGAAGCAUACUUAGAGUUCUACUGCGUUGCCCCCAUCUUUAUUUCUGCUUCUCGAAAGACGAGACUAAUAUAUCUCAUCUUUUGACAAGUCUUAAUGUGUUUGAUGUAGCGUUAACGUUAUCUGCCAUGCGUGUUGAUGAUUGGGUUUGUUGACGGAUUUUCUUUUCUCCUUUUUGGAAUACUCAUGUGCUGCUGAGCGUGGUUUUUUUUUGCUUUUUUUUUUUGCUUUUCUUUUCUUUUCGUUUCUCUGCUCAAUCUCUUUUUUUUUUUUUUUUUUU